GUCGCGGGCUGCGAUUGGUCGACGAGGCACGUCGGGGAUAGCAGCACGCUGAGCGUUACGUCACUCAAAACCCUCGAAACGUCAAUUCGAUCAGUAUAAACGCACGAUGGAAGUGCUGAAAAUAUUUGAAGACAAAUUUAAGCAGAUAAUUCAUAACAACAUCAAAAGUGUUUUACUGGAAAAUAAUGACGCCGAAGAUACACACCAGUCGCCACAAAAAGAGGGCACCCCCGACCGCCCCUCGUCCCUCGCUUGCUCCUACUGCCGGACCCACUUCACCACCCUAAGCGAGCAACGCGACCACUUCAAGCUCGACUGGCACCGCUACAACCUCCGCCAGUCCCUCCUGCAAAAACCGCCAAUCACUGAAGAGGAAUUCGCCGAAAAAACCACCAAAGACGACCUCUCCAGCAUCUCCGGCUCGGACUCCGACUCCGACAAAGAGGACACCCUGGACACUUACGCCACCGCCCAAGGCAAAAUCUUCCUCCAAAACUCCGACGGCAAGGUCUUCUCGCUCUACGCCUGCCUCCUCCAACAAAAAAAACAGGAAGACCUACCCGAGAAUCUGCACUCGCGCCUCCAUUCCUGCUGCGUCACGUCGCAGAAGUGGGCGGUCUUGAUGCUAGGAGGCGGGCACUUCGCAGGCGCCAUUUUCGACAAGUACGAGCCAAUCGUGCACAAGACGUUCCACUGCUAUACGGUGAGGGCGGGCCAGGGCGGGGCGCAGUCGUCGCGCGACAACAAAAGUGGCGGGACGCACCCGAAGAGCGCGGGGGCGUCGCUGCGUAGGUACAACGAGCAAGCGCUGAUGCAGCACGUGCGCGGGAUCGUAGAGGCGUGGCAAAGCGAACUCAAUGGGUGUGGUUUAAUUUUCUACAGGGCGGCGGGGCCGUACAAUAGGUCGGUGUUGUUCGGGGGCGGAGCGCCGCUGUUCGACAAGGAGGACCCAAGAUUGAGGAGUGUGCCGUUCUCGACGAGACGGGCGACGUUCGCGGAGGUGAAGCGGGUGCAUUCGGUGCUCACUCUAGCGCACGUUUAUGAGAGUCUGGAGGCGGCGGUUGAGUGUUUUACGCGCCACAAAGUUAACGAACAGAACACCAAACGUUCGAAGGCGAAGACAACGUGUAUUGAUAGAGCGAAGUCCCGAGAAACCAUAGAGCGCCCUCUACCGGUUCCUCGAGUGUCUGAAAGUUCCGAAGAAAAUUUUAAGCGCCCUCUGGCGGUCGCUCCAGUUUCGGAAAGCUCCGACGAAGACGUGGAUCUUCUGAUGGAAAACCAGCAGAUUUUUCUCGAGGAUUCGCUUCAAGAGUUUGGAGAUUCGUUGACGCCGAAGCAGAGGCAACUAAAGAAGAAGAAGAAACCGAAGAAGAGUAAAGCGAAGAAGUUGCAAGAACAAGAGGAACAUCGCAAAAAGGAGCUCAUCGACGUUCUAAGUACAGGCAACAUCGACAAACUAUCGCAACUUCUGGAGAAUUUCUUGAAGGUUAGUGACAAGAAGGAAGAUUUCGUGAAUGAAGCAAUCGAUGAUCAAGGGAACACACUCUUGCACGUAGCCGCACUAAACGAACAACAAGAAACUCUAGACUUUCUUCUGAAGAAUGACGCAAAUCCAUGUCUUAAAAACCAGAAGCAACAAACCGCGUACACUUGUACACAGAGUAAAGAUAUUCGAGAAGUCUUGAAACAGUUCGCUCGAGAUUUCCCGGACAAGUUUAAUUACAAUAAAGCUCAAAUUCCGACGAAUGUGUUAACACCAGAGGAACAAAACGAAAAGAAGAAGGUGCAGCGGAAGUUGAAGAAAGAGAAGGAGAAAGUUAAGCGGAAGGAGAACGAAAUUAAACGCAAGGAAGAUUUAGAGAAGGAACGAUUUCUUAAUUUGAGCGACAGGGAAAAGAGGGCGCUGGCUGCAGAACGCAGGAUUUUAAGUCAAGCGGGUACUGUGAUCAGUAGGUGUUUCUUGUGUGCAGCGGAUAUGUCUGGGAAAGUACCGUUUGAGUACCUAGGGAACAGAUUUUGCUCCGUUGACUGUUUGAAAGCGCACAGGAUGCAAAAUCCAGUCGUGUUGUCAUAGACUACUUCAAAAUAAAUUAUUUAUACAUAACCUAAAUAAAUUUUGUCAUUUCGUCUGUGUAAUUCUGGUUUUCUGACGUUUCUGUUCAACAUGGCGCAGGUUUGUUCAAUAAAAGACUCGUUUGUAUUGUCAUAGAA